UGCUUGUUGUGCUGUAGGAAAACCUUUUACAGUCAGUGCUUCCUGUGUACAUCUCCAUGAAGAUGAAGUUGGCCAUAAUGGAGCGCUGCAAGUGUAAAGAUAGAGAGGAACAGCAGCGUAUGGUCUGUGAUAACAACUUCCACAGUCUUUAUGUGAAGAGACAUGAGAACGUCAGCAUCCUAUAUGCUGACAUUGUGGGUUUCACACGUUUGGCCAGUGACUGUUCUCCUAAGGAGCUUGUGAUCAUGCUGAAUGAACUUUUUGGGAAAUUUGACCAGAUUGCAAAAGAGAAUGAGUGUAUGCGGAUAAAAAUUCUUGGUGACUGUUACUACUGUGUGUCUGGCCUUCCUGUUUCCCUGCCAAAUCAUGCCAAAAACUGUGUUAAGAUGGGCCUGGACAUGUGUGAAGCCAUCAAGCAGGUGCGUGAGGCAACAGGUGUGGAUAUAAACAUGCGAGUAGGUGUGCACUCUGGAAAUGUCCUCUGUGGUGUGAUUGGCCUACGCAAAUGGCAGUUUGAUGUGUGGUCACAUGAUGUCACCUUAGCCAAUCAUAUGGAGUCAGGUGGAUUACCAGGACGAGUUCACAUCACAGAGGCGACUCUGAAGCACUUGAACAAAGCAUAUGAGGUAGAGGAGGGGAAUGGUCACCUGAGAGACACCUACCUUAAAGAGCUUAACGUCAAGACGUACCUGGUUAUAGACCCGCGGUCAAAAGACUCAUCACUGAUGGCUCCCAAUGUCACCAAGCCUCGUGAUGGUUUGAAGAUGCGAGCAUCUGUGCGUAUGACACGCUUCCUGGAGUCGUGGGGGGCUGUCAAACCUUUUGCCCAUCUGCAGAGCCGAGAGGAAUUCAGCACAGAUGCUAUGGUCAAUGGAAAGGGUCGCUGCAAGGACAUCCCUCUUAGACCAGUACCGAACAAAAUUCCUGAAAGCUUUGAUGAGUCUCUUGAGGAGCCCUUCUCUUUACCUGCUCCUCCCUUGAGCACAUAUAAGAAUAAAUCACAGAAGACGAAGUUUGACGAAGAACUUCAUGACAAGAUGACCACCACCAUCAAUGAUUUGAGCUCCAGCAAGCAGUGGGUGAAGUCUGAAGAGACCUCUGGCCUCAUGCUGUGGUUUACUAAAAGAGAUCUGGAAAAGCAGUACAGAACUAUAGAGAUGCCAAGUUUUAAAUACUUCAUUGGUUGUGCCACCUUCAUCUUUUUAUGCAUCUUCAUCAUCCAGAUGCUUGUUACCCAGCGGCGUAAAGAGCUGGGGCUGGCGUUUGCCGUGUUGGCGUGUGUUCUACUUUUGACUCUGUGCAUCUGUUUUGCAGGUCAUAUACAGAGGAUGUUUCCAGAUAAGUUAAAAUCAUGUACGUGGCUCUCGGCUCUUUCAGAAGCAGUGGUUAAGAGACCUUUUCUGCGCCUCCCAUUGGCAACCGUGGCCACCGCAGUCAUAGUCAUCAUCGCCAUGUUCAACUUUUAUUUUAAAACCCCGGAGAAUUUAUGCGACAUUCUGCUACAAAAUAAAAGCGGCAUUCCUGAAACUAUUCUAAAUGGCCUUCCAUAUUUGCCUUAUUCUGUAUAUAAUUGUAUAUUGGCAUUGAUUGCCUGUGGCGUGUUCUUGAGGGUGAGUUUGGAGCUGAAGAUGGCCUUCCUCUUCAUCGUCUCUGCCAUUUCCUACAUCAUCAUCUGCUACUCUCAGGAAAAUCUCUUCAUCAGCUACAGCUACCUGCUGUACCCGAACAACAGCUGUGUGAAAGACAGUUCGAUGCUGUGGAAAGCAGGACUUAUGAAGCACCCACAGGUCAUGAGCUGCAUCUACAUCACACUGUUCCUCUUAACCAUGCUGCUCAUAUCUCGCCAGAAUGAGUACUGCUUUCGUCAGGACUUCCUGUUGAAGAACAAGAACCUGGCUGAUAAGGAAGAAGUCGAGCUGUGCGAAAACCUGAACCGUCUCCUUCUGGAGAAUGUUCUCCCUGCACACGUGGCCGCUCUCUUCGUGGGCGAGAACAAAAAGAAUGAGGUGGGGCUGCUGUCCACUAUCUCUUUACUAAACUGGAAAUACAAGGACCUGUACUAUAAGUCAUAUGACUGCGUAUGUGUGAUGUUUGCCUCGGUGCCAGACUUCAAAGAGUUCUACACUGAGUGUGACAUAAAUAAAGAAGGACUGGAGUGUUUGAGGCUCCUCAAUGAGAUCAUCGCCGACUUUGAUGAGUUGCUGUCUAAGCCCAAGUUCAGUGGUGUGGAGAAGAUUAAAACCAUCGGCAGCACGUACAUGUCUGCUGCAGGACUGAGUGGACCUCCAGAACAGAGCAGCCAGGACCGUGAGAGGCAGAAUGCUCAGAUAGGAAACAUGGUGGAAUUCGCCAUCGCUCUGAUCGGCAAGCUGGACGGCAUCAACAGACACUCCUUCAACACGUUCAGGCUUCGUGUUGGUAUAAACCAUGGCCCAGUGAUUGCUGGGGUGAUUGGAGCCAGGAAACCACAGUAUGAUAUCUGGGGAAACACUGUGAAUGUGGCCAGCCGGAUGGAAAGCACUGGAGAGCUGGGUAAAAUACAGGUGACAGAGGAGACGUCUGAUGUCCUGCAGAAGCUGGGCUAUUCAUGUGAGUGUCGUGGCCUGAUCAAUGUGAAGGGCAAAGGAGAGCUCAAAACCUUCUUUGUGUGCACAGAUUCCAGCAAACAGCAGGGCAUCGGUCUGAGCUGAGACUGAAGCCUCUGCGCUGACAGCUUCAUACACACACACACACACGCGCACACACACACAGACUCCGGAACCUAUAUGUGAUCUCUUUGUUUUCAUUUAAGAAUGUUUUAUUGCUACUGGAUUGGUUUCUUUAGAGCAAGUCUAAAGAACUGCACAUUCUUUCGAACUCUAACAUGUUGGAGUUUGUUUUGGCAGCAUUUGGAGAACUGAAACUCUCAGACAUACAGCAGCAUAUACAUACACGCAUCUCACACGAACACAAGCUGAACUUUGCGAUCCUCUUAUGGGAAACUGAGCUCGGUGAAGGAAAAUACUGCUUCUCGGUAUUGCUGUCAGACUUUCUGGGUACCGCUGUCACAGUGGCCUUGAUCCUGCUGGAUUUAGACUGAUUUGAGACGACUGAGCUGGUUGGUCGGUUUUAGCUUGCAGGCAGAGGGAACACGUGACCCACACAAACCCAUCAUCGCAGAUGAGCAGACGUUAAAAUAUCUAGGAUUUCUUCAGUUAUUUAAAAUAAUAUGUAUCUUAUUAUAAACCUUUCUGUCAACUUUUGGACCAACAAAAUGGUGGAUGAUUUUAUUUUAUUUUUUGGUUUGUUUUCUUUAAAAACAACUGCCAAGUGUUUUGAAUGCCAAAUAUUGACAAGCGGUGUUGAUUUGCUGUUGCCUUUGAGUUGAGAUUGUGAAUAUUGGAGAUGAGCCUUCCUUAGCUUUGUAACGUGCUACAAAUGAAAACUAUUAGCAAAUGUUUACAUAUACUGGGGAAAAAGUAUCAGUGACUGAAAUUCAAUUAACUAAGUGAAAGUGUGCUUUCAUCGCUUUCCCAUCACCUUUCUUAGUCUUAGAUCUUGACCAAAUGGCUCUGUGGCUUCACUCAUCUGAAGUUGUAAAUUGGCUACUGGAUGUAUUCAUGCAUCUUAGCUUACAUUGCAGUAAAUGGAUUUGCUCCGACGGUCUCUGCUUCUGUUCUGUGCGAACGCUUGGUGAAAGUGGGAAGUGUGUGAUGAAGCCAUAGGCAUAAAUGUUCAAUUGAGAUUGAAAAUCUUAUGGGCCUCUCUGGGUUUUCAGCCCUCUGAGUGUGAUUUUGAAUUUACAUGGUUUGAGAUUCUGCACUGCCUUUCUGUACCGCAGUGUUUGUGAGGAACGCCUGCCAUCUCCUCUGUUUUGUAUGCAUUGUUACAGAAUAAACCAUUUUACACUUUA